AGUGCGUAAAAGCUACUGGGCACAGUUGACAGCGCAAAGACGCACAUUGGACACAGUACACCUCAGCCACACAAUUCCUCUGAACGGGCCACACGGAUGUGCAUGGCCCCAUCCCCUUGUAUCAUGAUGAAUCCUGUGCAGGGGUCGCCGUCCCAAGACGCCAAACAGCUUCAUCAAAAGGAGGAGACAGACACGGAGAGCGAUGAGCCUCAGCCCAAAGACAUGACAACCGAGAAAGGAUACAAACUCCAGCGGAGCAGCCUCCCCUUCAGCGUUGAGUCGCUGAUAUCCAAGAAGACCACCUGUCGGACUUCUUACUCUCCCUCAGAUUUAGCUCUGGUUCUGCCGAAGCCCGUGGCUGGGCAAGGCGCGCAGUUCUCUCCAAGGACUUUUUACGCGGAGAGGAAAGUUUCGGCGGAGAGCUCACAGGGUGUUUCCAGUAGUUCCAGCGAGGACAGUCCGCAGUUUUGCGAGAAAGAUCAGAGCACUUGGUUCCAGGCGUCCUCCUUUUCUACACCUCCUCGGAGCUCGAGUCCAACUCAGUGUACUUUAAGGAAACACAAAAACAACAGGAAACCUCGCACGCCCUUCACUACCUCUCAGCUGCUGGCGCUGGAGCGCAAGUUUCGCCAGAAGCAGUACCUCUCCAUCGCCGAGAGAGCCGAGUUCUCCAACUCUCUCAACCUGACGGAGACUCAGGUCAAAAUCUGGUUUCAGAACAGGAGAGCCAAAGCCAAGAGACUGCAAGAGGCAGAGCUGGAAAAGUUUAAGCUGGCCUCCAAGCCCGUCCUACCAGCCUUCGCGCUGCCUUUCCCACUCGGAGCGCAUAUGGGUUCUCCUACUUGGGGCCCGUCAAGCGCGUUCCCGAGGCCCAGCCUGCCGGUUCCAGGACUGUUCAGUGGACCCGUCACUUAUGGGAUGUACUAUUUGUCUUAGUACUCCUCUCUCUAUCUCUGUGUGUCUAAUUAUGGUUGCAAUAUCUACACGUAUGAAUGAGGAUGAUGCGUCUUCUAGCCCACAUCUCGGAAACCCAUUUUAAUUUGGAGUUUAGAGGGAGUUUUUUUUUUCAAAUCUGCAAAACAGAGGAAAAAUAAAACUUGGGGUAUAUGAUGAUACAAAAACGUGUACGUAAUCAGACUAAGUGUGUUCACUUGCUCUCCUCAUUUCGUGUCCAGUUUUGUGGAUUGUGGAUUCACGGGCUUCAAUUACUUAUAGGCAAAGCUCCAAAAGUAAAUGUCAGGGUUUUAGACGACAUGCCUUAAAUAUCUCAUUCCAGUCCGUCCACCGUGUUCCGCUGCACAAACUGGACAUUUAAAAUUGUCCGGACCUGAAGGCAAUAACCCACUGAAGUGGAGGCAUAUUGCUUAAAAGCAACAGAAAAGUACUUAACUGGUGUCAGUGCCUUACGACCAAGCAGUGUGCUCUCUCUUUAUAAUCACUUGAAGUAUUUCUCCUCAUUCAGCAUUGACUGUUUUCUAUCAUCCUCGGGUAAAUCUGCAGUUUACCGGAAUUGCUGAUACUUUUGUAUUUCCUUACAGCAAGUCCUGUUACGAUUUCUAUAUUUUGAAAAAAGAAAUGAAAUAAUAUUUUAGAUAAAAACAUACGGAAUAGUUUCUUGUCUCCUCUUUGUGUUUACUCUCACAGCGUGGCCUUUUUGGGAGUGAAAAGUAGAUUUUCCUUGAGGAAUUUUGCUGUAUAUGUAAAUACAAUUUGUAGUGUUCAUGAAACCCUGCCGCCUCGCUUGAAGAGCAGGAAAAGUGGUAUUUAUUGAAUGUCUUUAUAUCUGUACUGUGUACAUACAUCAGUCUAUCUAAAUGUUCACCUGUAAAUACCGAUUUUUAGUAAAUAAACAUUAUACAAGACCUGAAA